GUUAUUGGCAGGUACUGCCCAGCUCGGGUAUUGGUAAAAUCCAAUAUCAGUCGACCUCUGCUUUAUGAGAAUGCCCCUGAGAUACGUAUGGUCAGCAAACCAACUCGGCUUGUAUAGCAGUCUACAAGAUGACGCAUGCAAUGGCGAUCGAGAAUGGCUGACUAAUAUAGAAGAUGACUAUUUGGAAUCCUAACUGUUUGAGUAGAGUCCUAUGUAUAGAUGAGGAGUUGAAAGAGCUUGACCAGUGUUAGGUAGAGAUGAAUCAAGGGCUUCACUACAAGUGGAUACUCAAAUGGCACUGUGGAUCAUCUCAGAAGCCAUUAUUCAAAGUGAAAUGUCUAGGAAAGAAAAAAAACCUCUCAAUUCAGAAUUUCAUUAUAAAGUAAACCUUGGAGAAAAUUGAAUGUCACAUUAAUUAUGCAAGCUGUUGGAUUUGCAAGGGUGGGUUUUCCCAGGUGAAAACUGAAUUUUCCUUGGAAUUCUGAAAGUACUAUGCUUCCUGAAGGAAGUAGAAUGGAGGCUGGAUAGUUUUGUGUGUCAGAGUUGCUGCUGAAAAUGGGUCUGAAAGGGGCUCCUUCAUUGUGAUUAUAUCCUCAAAUUUGCAUUGGUUAAUAUAAUGACCUUCUGUUCAAACCACACCUCACAAAGGACUUAGCAUGAUGCCACAAGUAAAUGCUCUCUAGAAAACCACACAUGUGCAGGGUGCUCUUACCCCUUUUCUCCUUGAUGUCCUUAAUGCUUCAGUGACACAGUGGUACAUUUGGGCACUAGUUGAAAUGAAGCAUGCUGCUGUAAGGGUAGCACAUGCGAACACAUGCAGUGUGGAUGGGAGACAUGCUUGCGUGACACAGCCGAUCUGAAUUUGGGGCAUGUCUGAUCUUUGACCAUGUUAGGGUUUGGAUAUGUACUGUGCAUUGAUUUAGCAUCAGUGUCAUUGCUUUUGAUCUGGAUCAAAGGUAGGUGGCUUAAUCCACAUGCACAGAUGGUUUUAAGAACCAGUAACAUGCAGGUAUGUGAAAAUACUGAUAAAGCCAAGUAAAAUAAAGUGCAGAGCAAAGCAGUCAUAUGUUCUGUUAGUUCAAUAUGCACAAUAUAUUGCCUCACAGUUAAACUUAUUGAUAGACAAUAAAGAUGCUAGAAUGUCAUGGUGGUACACCCGAGUAGCAUUGCUGUCUCACAACUCCAGGGUCCAAACCUGAGCUUGUAUUACUGUCUGUGUAGAGUUUCUGUGCAUGUUCUCAUCGUGCCCACAUGGGUUUCCUUGCUGCAGAAGGACUGGCCCUACUGUGACCCUGUGCAGGAUAGGUUACUGAAGAUGAACCAAUGAAGAUGCAAUAUGUUUUACUUCCAUUAGAAGACACCUGAAGCCUUUAUGCAUCCCAUCUGUGGAUGGGUACCAUGAAUUGUGAAGAACCAAAUGUGGAGAGGGCUGUUCUCUCCUGGUCCAGAUUUGCUACGGCUGGCCAAACUGCCCUCAAGGAGGCCCUGAAGGUCUUCAAUCCCAUUUCCCAGGACCUCUCAGAGACAGAGAGGCAAAUGGUAUCUUUUCUUCAGGCGUUAAAAGAUGAAGGACGUAAACCAGUGGUGUUAAGAAGCAAAGAUGUAUAUGGAUACAGGUCUUGCACAACACGAUCUCUCACAACAGAGAUUGGCAGUAAGAUUCCGAGAGUACAAAAACCUUGUAAGAAACGAGGUCGAAAGACUUUGAUAAAAAGCAAGGAUGCCAGUUCCUCGGUUUUCGGUACAACCACCAAGGCCAUCUUACAAAACCAGCCCAAGAUUCUACUGACCAAUCUCUCAGUAGAUACCCUCAAGCAGACUGUUUCACCCAAGCCAUCAGUGCCGAUUCCAAGUUCUGUUCAAGUGCAGCAGUGCCUGAAAUUAACAAACAUAAAGGGUGUUACUGGGGGCCAUACUGCAAGGCUGCAAAUUCAUUUUGGUGUGGACUCGCAAAGCACGAUCAGUCCCAGUGUCCAUUGCCCACCAACACUCUCUGGGAUACCACACUCUCCUUCAGAAAACAUCACUCAAACGUCAAGUGUAGUAGCUUUGGACAAUAAAAGAAUUUUGUCCUGUCCAGUUAAAGUGGAUGAUGCUCUCAUUGGAGAUUCUGCCCCAAUUGUUUGUCAAAAUGGUAUUAGUCUGAAAGACGGUAAAAAGGUCCAGAUAAUAUCAGGUAAAUCUGGUGUGAUGAGCAAUGGUUUGAACUGUGAGGACAGUGAUUCAAUGAGAAGGCUGAACUGCCAAGCUUUAGGUUGGUCUCAACCAGCGCUCGUCACGAAUGGCCAAGACGUGUCUAAACUGAAUGGAAAUAGUCUUCAGUGGAAAGUCAUCAAAGUGGACGAGUCUGUCACUGACGAGGAGGUGAGGAAAGAGGCUCAGAAAAUCUUGCGAGUCAAUUUGUCACCUGUGAUACAGAUUCAUCCACUUGUACAUUCUGUAUAGACUAGAGAGAUCAAAAGUGACUUUUAUAUCCACAUAUACUAUUAGAAUUUCUUAUACUGGGGCGUUACUUGGAUCAAAACAUGAUGAUUUUCAGUCUGAGUGGGAGUCUUAUCUCAAAUUAUGCAUUUUUCACAUGUAUGACCAACUCUGGAGAUCCAAAGAGGGAAAUUAGUUUGAUUUUCCGUUACAUAAGUGUUUAUUUUAUUUUAUUCAUUGGAAUUUUGCCUUGAUUUUGAGAAACUAAGUUAAAAUAAAAAAACACAUUGUAUCACUAUGCAGUGUUCCUAUAUCCCCCCUUUUUGGAACAGGCUCCCUGAGAAACAGAAUUUAUAAAUUAAUCGGACUCAAUGUAAGAUUGGUUUAGAGGGAUGAUACAUUAUUAUAAUUUGUUAUAUUUCAGUUUGCUAUUGUUUUUGAAAUGCCUUGGCUGUGUGUUUAUUUUUCCAAUGCAUACGUCAGUAGGUAUAGACUGAAAAAUGUUUAAGUUUUAAUGGUACAUGCGGGUAGGAUUAUGUUCAUUCACUAGCUACAGUUACAGACCUAGCUGUCACAGUGAGUCUUGCUUGUCCAACACCAUACUAUGUUGAAGAUAACAGUGGCUUGGGUUAGAGGCAUUUAAAAAAAAAAGGGGGGGGGGAGACAUGAUUCGUUGCUGAAUAUUGAGUACAGAUUUUUUUUUUCCCCCAGAAUUGCUUAGUAUUCUUCUUGCUUUAAUUCAACAGCUAAUUGUCAAUCCCUCUAAUUUUGAGAUUUACAGAACUAAAGCUGAACUGCAUUUUUUAUGUUCUUGAUAUAAUAAUGUCAUAUCAUAAUGAUAUAAUAAUGCCUAUAAUAAUGAGUUUUACAUCUAGUGAGAACUUUCUACUAAUUUGAAUCUGUGAAUUUGAGGUUGUUACCGCAACUCUGGGACAUGGUUUCCUCUGAGGCCCUGGUCAGUUCUUCUCCUGCUUUUCUACAGACACCAUAAGCAGCAAGCAUGGCUGUGGUUUGACCGGGGAGUAUAGAUGUUGAGAGUCACUAUAAUCAUUAUAAACACUCACCAAGACAACUGGAAAUAGUGAAGGCCUGGCCAGGACUUAGCAGUGCAUAAGAAAAAUGCAAAAAAAAGAGAAAAGAAUCCUUACCCCCCUGUACCAUUUAAUAGAUUGGGAGCACUAUGAUAGAUUAAUUUUAUCACAGGGCAAAAGAAAUGGCCUUACGUUUUCUUUUUCUUUUUGUUGAAAAUGUGAUGGUGUAUUUUAUUCUGUAAUUCUCACUUCAAUUUUUUUAAAUGAGACAACACUGGUAUUUUGGUGCUCAAUGAUUACAAUGUUGCCAUACCCACUAGCCUUCACAAUUAUGUAAUAAAUUGCUGACAUUGAUGGCCUAGAGCCUAAUUUCACUUUCAAUAACAAUAUUAACCAACAUCUUUCUGGUUCCCAUUUUAAAGUCUUGUCUAAUGACUGAUCUGGGUGAGAGUCAAGCUUGGCAACUUCUCAGCCUUCAGUCAGCAGAACUUGCAUCCAGUUUGACAAAAACAGUUUGGGUGUAAACAUCCCAACAACUCUGUUUCUCUAUACGUUUUUAAUAUCCAUAUUGUCAUGGUGACAAACAUCCAAGCACACCCCAAAAACCAACCAAGUUUUUUCCACCAAAAAUACUGACUAAAAAGCUCAUUUUGAGGUCAUAUAUACAUAUCUUUAUUUUUUUUUCCCCCUCUAAUGACUCUCUAUAUACAUAGCUUGAGCUUAGAUAUGGAUGUAUUUUUCAAGACUAUUGGAGUGUAUUUGUCAGCAAAUGUUCAUGAUCUUUUGCAGAAUCUAACUGUAAACUCUUAAAUACUGCAGUUUUUACAUAACACUUAACCUGUGUACACAGUUGAACCGUUUCAAAUGAGCAUUCAGCCAUUCCUCAUGACUUUGUUAUUGGAAUAAUUUUGUGUUGGGAGAAGGACAUUAUGCCGGAAGCCACAAAAUCCUUUUUAAGACUAUUUCAGUCUGCAACAGAAACCAGUGCCGAGACAUCCAGAACAACUUCGUUCUUUAUUACUGACUAAUCUUUUUCAUUCAGUUGAAUCUGUGACCUUGAACUGUAAAAUGUCAGUGUUGUAUCUUUAGUUAAUAUUAAGAAGUUGUGAAUUAAAGUAUUUAAAAAUGACCUGUGUUAAUUUCUUUCUCACCUGCUUUUGGGUUACUGAAAGACUCAACAGCAAUUGGAUAGUAUGUAUGCAAAUUAUUAAUGAAAAAUUAUCCCCUAUAGAAACUAACCCAUAUUGUGUAGGUAUGCUUUAAUUUACAGGUAAACCAUUGGGGGACUUGUUAUAACCCAAACACCAGGGAUUACACCGGCUAAAAGUUUACAUACACCUAGGCUAAAGAAACUCCAUUUUCACACUCCAUGUUUCAUGUUACCAAAAAUUUCAUGUAUGUCAAUUAGGGUAUCUAUUUCCAUUUGACUCAGUUUCAAAAUAACAGCUCAGUAGUUUUGACUCAGUAGGUCAAAAGUUUGCUUGCACUUUGCUGG